AUGAUAAUUGCUUUCCUUGAUUUCAAAAAACAUGCUUCUUCUUAUGAGUUGGGUGUGAGGUUAAUUGCUACUGACUGGCUGGUCGAAAUUGCUUCAAUCUCCGUUGUCAUUCGACCUAGUGAGGAGGAUCUUGCUCUGGAUCAUGGUUGUGGGGACAGAACAGCACCUACUUUCUCCGAUCUCUCCGACCGUAUCUGUGGCCUUCUCCUUGGACAAGUUUGGAUGGGUCAUGACAUAGAUCGAAUCGACAUCCCAAACUUGAUUGCUGAAUUUGAAAAAAUUGGGGAAGAGCCAGCCACCUACACCUCAAGUAGUAAUCAAUACAGUUUACUUCACAUCUUCCGGGACGGAGGUAGUAGAGCAUACGGGAGCAUUGAGUCUUGCCGCAGGAAUCUUGAGGCUAUCAUACUAUGUAGAUCCCUCAUGUCACGUUUGGAGCCGGAUAAGAUGAGCAACUCUGACGACGACAAUGAUUUUGUUUCCCUCAUUUCUCUCAUCAAAUCUUAUGACGACGAGGCACAAGCUGCAAGCAGUUUGUCAAUAAUAACAUGGUCAAAACUAGAAAUUGUGAGGUAUUUAUGA